AUGGCCCAGCCACCGGCCGACGUCAGCGAGGACGACUGUCUCCCGGAGUACCACCACCUCUUCCGUCCGGACUUGCUCCAGGACAAGGUGGCUUUCAUCACGGGUGGUGGCUCUGGAAUUGGGUUCCGGAUUGCUGAGAUUUUCAUGCGGCACGGCUGCCACACAGUCAUCGCCAGCAGAAGUCUUCCCAGAGUAUCGGUGGCUGCCAGAAAGCUGGCCACUGCCACUGGCCGGAGGUGCCUCCCUCUGUCUCUGGACGUCCGAGCUCCCCUGGCCAUCGCAGCAGCUGUAGAGCAGGCCUUGCAGGAGUUCGGGAAGAUCGACAUUCUCAUCAACUGUGCAGCUGGGAACUUCCUGUGCCCCGCCAGCGCCUUGUCCUCCAACGCCUUCAAGACUGUGAUGGACAUCGACACCUUGGGCACCUUCAACGUGUCUCGUGUGCUCUAUGAGAAGUUCUUCCGGGACCAUGGAGGGGUAAUCGUGAACAUCACUGCGACCCUGGGCACUCGGGGACAGGUGCUCCAAGUGCACGCAGGCUCUGCCAAGGCAGCCGUGGAUGCGAUGACGCGGCACCUGGCUGUGGAGUGGGGCCCCCAGAACAUCCGCGUCAACAGCCUUGCCCCUGGCCCCAUUAGUGGCACUGAGGGGUUGCGGCGUCUGGGUGUCCCACAGGCAGGCCUGAGGGCGAAGAUCCUGGCCAGCCCCCUGCAGAGGCUGGGGAACAAGACGGAAAUUGCCCACAGCGCCCUCUUCCUGGCCAGCCCGCUGGCAUCCUUUGUGACGGGGGCCCUGCUGGUGGUUGAUGGGGGGGCCUGGCUGACGUUCCCUAAUGACGUCCAGUCACUGGCAGAUUUCUCACCCUCAGCUAAGCUCUAG